ACUUAUACUGAGGUGUGCAGACUUACCAGCUCACUCUGUUUGGAUUUUUAUCUUGCAACUUACGAAACUUGUGCAAAUAACAACCAAUGUAACUGAUGAUUUAACAAGAAUUUAGAUCCAAUUUGAAACUGAAAUUAAGAUGAGUAAGGGAGAUGAAGAUAAAAGGCCUGCUACAGCUUCAAAAGUUAAUGUGGCCGUGCGAGUUAGACCUUUUAACAAAAGAGAGAUUGAAUUGAAUUCAAUUUGUGUUGUGGAUAUGGAAGACAAUCAAACUAUUCUGCUUCCUCCACCUGUUGUAGGAAAGGCACCUGAUAAAAAACACACCAAGACUUUUGCCUUUGAUCAUUGUUUUUGGUCAAUGGAUCCAUCUCAAGAAAAUAAAUUUGCAACACAAGAAUCAGUCUUUGAGAAAUUGGGAUUUGAUGUCUUAACAAAUGUAUUCACUGGAUAUAAUGCCUGUAUAUUUGCUUAUGGACAAACAGGUUCUGGCAAAUCUUACACCAUGAUGGGAUCACAUGAUCAACCAGGAUUAAUUCCUAGGCUCUGUUCUGAACUUUUUGAACAAAUUGUAACAAACACAAAUGAACAUCAGUUUUUUAAAGUUGAAGUAUCAUACAUGGAAAUUUAUAAUGAAAAAGUUCGAGAUUUAUUGGAUCCUGAAGGGGGAAAACGUCAUUUGAAGGUUCGAGAACAUAAAUCAUUAGGACCUUACGUAGAUGGUCUGCAACAACUUGCUGUGUCAAAUGCCAGUGAUAUCCAGGAAUUAAUGUCAGAAGGUAAUAAAUCAAGAACUGUGGCAGCAACAAAAAUGAAUGCGGAAUCAUCUCGAUCUCAUGCAGUAUUUACAUUGAUUGUCACACAAACAUUAGUCGACCCUCAGUCACAGGUUUCUGGCGAAAGAGUCAGCAAAGUAAGUUUGGUUGAUUUAGCUGGAAGUGAAAGAGCAUCUAAAACUGGAGCAGAAGGAAGUCGAUUAAAAGAAGGAAGUAAUAUUAAUAAAUCGUUAACAACACUUGGACUCGUAAUAAGUUCACUUGCUGAUCAAGCCUCUGGAAAAUCAAAAAAUAAGUUUGUGCCAUACAGAGAUUCAGCAUUGACAUGGAUAUUGAAAGAUAAUUUGGGUGGGAACAGUCGAACUGCUAUGGUUGCAACAAUCAGUCCAUCGGCUGAUAAUUAUGAAGAAACGUUAUCAACAUUGAGGUAUGCUGAUCGUGCUAAGCGAAUUGUCAACAAAGCAGUUGUUAAUGAGGAUCCAAAUGCUCGUAUCAUCAGAGAAUUGAGGGAAGAAGUCGAAAAAUUACAAAAUCAACUCAAAGAAUCAGAAAGCAUGAGAGCCCCAGAAUUGAAAGAAAAAUUAGAGCAGAGUGAAAAUUUAAUUAAAGAAAUUUCGCAAACAUGGGAAGAAAAAUUACGAAAAACAGAAGCUGUUCACAAGCAACGUCAAGAAACUCUUGAAAAAAUGGGUCUUUCACUAGAAAAAUCCGGGAUAAAAGUCGAAAAGACAAAAUGUUUUCUUGUGAAUCUCAAUGCUGAUCCAUCUCUGAAUGAAUUGCUUGUUUAUUACUUGAAGCCUACAACAACAGUUGGUCAAAACGAAGAGAGCGAUAUGCAACUCAGUGGUUUAGGUAUUUUGGAUUUUCAUUGUCAUGUGGAAAUAACUAACGAAGGUGGUGUUUUCAUUACUCCUAUGAAAGAUGCAAGAACAUGCAUAAACGGUCAAAUAAUCAACUCAAGAACAAAUUUGCGACAUGGAGAUAGAAUAUUGUGGGGAAACAACCAUUUUUUUAGAAUAAAUAUUCCAAGGAUUCCUCGCCUUACUCUGACAAAACCUGAAAAUGAACAAAAGGAUAAAGAACCAUCAGAUGGUGACAAGAUACCACCUUCAGAAUCAGAUAUAUCAUUGAAUGAAUCUACAAUAGAUUAUGAAUUUGCACAAAGAGAGGUUUUAAUGAAUCAAGUCGAAGCUCCAAUUCAAGAAACUAUAAUGCAUCUUGAAAAUGAAUUCAAACAACUGACUGAUGAAACUAAUUAUUCUACACUAGAUAUUGAUGAAAGGAAUAAAUAUGAAGAGGAAAUACGAGCUCUCAGACAACAGUUAUUAUCUCUUUCGCCUCGAGGUAGUUCAGAUUCGCUCGACCCUCCUCCCGAGAUACCAGAGGAUGAACAAAGGAGAAAAUCACCUCUCAAUGGAAACAGCACAAAUAACAUACCUUUGCAAUAUAAAGAUUGGAAAAAAGAAAGGAAUAACCAGCUACACUGUGGUGUCAAGAAGUUGCAAGAAGAAUUGGUCAGAGCACAAGCUGCUGUUCAGGAAGCUAAUUACCUGGCUAAAGAAAUGAACAAAGAAACUGAAUUUCUUGUCAGUUUACAAAUUCCUGCUCAUAAUCUAACUCCCAACAGAAAGAGAGGAACGCUACUUUGUGAACCAGCAAUUCAAGUUAUAAAAAAUGGUAGAGAUUGCCAAGUAUGGUCCGUUGAAAAGUUGGAAAACAGGCUUGCUGAUAUGCAUGAUGUUUAUGAGGAAUAUAAGGAAAAUACAAAUAAAGAGGAGACAGAUUCAUCUGAUUAUGAUCCAUUCAUCGAAACGGAAAGAAAUCAAUUAUUGAUAGGAGUUGCAAAUGUAUUUCUCACUUGUUUAUUGCAAAACCAACCAUUCAGAUAUCCUGUUCCAAUUAUUGAUCAACAUGGACAGGUUGCGGGAAAACUUCUUGUUGAAAUUCACAGAAUAUCUGGUUCAAGCAAUCAGGAAUCAAUGACACGAACUACAGACUCAGACACAAGUGAUGACAGUAUAUUAUCUGAUGUAUCAAGUUCUGCAAGUAGUGGUAUCGGAUCUAGUCUUUGUACUGAUGUAGUAGCUGGAUCGCAAACAGUGAAUCAACUAACAAUAGAGAAUCAUAACAUGAAUACGUCGUCUUCGUCAUUAUUCAAUUCAUCAUCUUUAUCAUCAUCUGUUCCUGUUGAGUUAUCGUCCAGUUUAUCCAAUCAUCGAUAUCAACAAAUGACAUGCAGAGUGACUGUUAUUGAAGCUCAAGGUUUAUCUUCUACUUUAUCACAUUUUGUACAAUGUCAAUAUUAUUUUUUGAAUUGUCCCGAUGUAAUUCUUGUUCCACCUGAUUUAAGUCCCGAAGAAUUAUCACCAAAGGGCAGUCGAUCGACUUUAAAUAUAAAGUUUCAUCACACAAUGCAAUUCACAUGUAACAUCACUGAAGAUCUUAUUGAUAACAUCAAUUCUGGAUCAUCACUCGCUAUCGAAGUGUGGGGUCACAGAGAUCGUUACAAUAAUUUGGGUUCGGACGGAGAUAUUCCAACUAAAAUUCAAGAUAAAGUUCGUUCGUCCAGCCUUUUGUCCGAGAAGCAUAAAUCCUUAACUGAGAGAUGGAGUGAAGUAAUAAAACGAAUCAAAUUAGAAAUUAUAAUUCUGGAACUUGGUGAAAAUGCUGAAUAUGUUCCAGUUGAAAUCGUUAAUAAAUUAGAUGUGUUGAGUAAAGGUGUCUUUGAACUGAAACAAGGCCAAUCAAGGCGAAUUGAAGUAUCUGUUGAGACUGUACAAAACUCAGGAACUUUACCUCUAAUUGUCGACAGUAUUGCUUCUGUGUAUGCAGGGAGUGUCCAAUCUGGGAGUGCAAAGGGUCAAAGCAAUAUGGACAGUUACCAUGACAAUGAUUUAACAAACUUAAGAAAUACUUGGCUUGAUAUAUUGGAGAAACGUAAAGAUUAUCUUGAUCAAGAAAUCAAACGACUUGCUAACAAGGCUGAUAAAAGUUUACUUGAACAAGAGAGAGAAUCUCGUUUAUUCGAUCAAUGGUUGACCUUAACAGAAGAACGGAAUUCUUUAGCAACUCCUCAUGCUGGUAUUCCUGGUGCACCUGCUUCAUGGGAUCCUCCUGAUUCUAUAGAAAUGCAUAUUCCUGUCUUGUUUUUGGAUAUCACAGGUGAUGAUUGUAAAAAUGAAUUACUUCACAAACCACGAGGUCUCGAUAAUAUGUUGCCGAAUGAACUGCCUGGAAAUUAUAUCGAAGUUCCAAUCAUAAGAGCGGGAACUGAUGAGAUGCACAACCAUCUUACUGCAGUUGCAUCGUGGGAUUCAUCAUUACAUGAUUCAAUAUUGUUAAACAGAGUUACUCCAUCUAAUGAGCAAGUCUAUGUUGUAAUACAGGUUCAUCUUCGAUUAAGCCAUCCUGUAGAUAUGUCCAUUGUUUUGAGAAAAAGAAUUUGUGUAUCCAUAUAUAAACAGCGAGGAAUAACUGCUUUUAUGAGAAGAAGAAUGCAAGGGAAGUUAUUGCGAUCAUCUGGAGUGAUAUAUGAAUUGGUAUCGAGCAUUCCAUUAUCAUCUCAAGACAACGAAGACCAGGAAUCUCUUGCUAUUAUGGCUGCUUCGGGAGUGGAUUCAAAUGAUACUACUGAUGACAAAGUUUUAGAUGAUAAUAAUGAUAAAUCAACAAAAACUAAAAAGAAUCCAUUCGAAUCAUAUGUAACUCGGUCGAUGCAAUCUGUAGAUGAUAUUUUAUCUCUCGAUAAAAUUCGACAACAAGUUACUUUACGAGAAAUUAUUCAUGCACAUAAACAGAAACAGAAAUCUCAAAAGAAAAGUGCUGACAGCAGGUGACAAUGGCAGAAAAGCAUUCAGUAUGUUAUCAUGAUGAUGGUGUUUCCUAUUCUAUCUUUGCUGACUCGUUAUAUUAUUCAUCAUAGUGCACUAAAAAGACGAUGCCUUGCUAUUUAUUGAUUUAUUUUAUUCUUUUACUGUAUUCAAUCAAACCUUUCUAAAAUAUUAUCAGAUUUUUUCUUAGUCAUCACCAAUGAAGGAUUUGAUCCCAUUUCCUAAUCUCUGAAGAAUUUUUAGUCCCAAUCAUGCCUACAGCAACACAGCCUGCUUAAUGAACAUGAAAUAGCAAUCUACCGAAAGUGAAUUUCUGUUGUUUUAUUACUGUUCUAGUUAGCGAAAUUUGAUUUUGCAUUUUUUUGUAAGGUUUUGGCUUUGUUCAUACUAACUAUUACACAUGCUGAAGCACAAAUAAUAUGAAAAAUUAAUCUAUUAAACAAUAUAUAUUUUCACAUAGAGUUAGGAGUUCUGUUCGAUGCUCUCAACCUCUCCACACUAUAUAUAUAUUGCUACUAUUAGGCCAUAAGAUGUUUAUACAGAAGCAUGUUAGUUAUCGAUAACAUCAUAUAGUGUCAUUUAUUGCAAUUUUUGAUAUAUUUAUCACAACUAGAUUUCAAACUUAUUUACUUUAAUUCAGAAGUCAAUUUUGUUUAGUUGAAAUUUGUAUCCUAUAAGCCUAUAACGGGUAUGAAUGUGAUUGUUUUAAAGCUCUCCAAUAUCUGUAGGUAAUUAAUUAAUUGUUCAUGCCAACUUAUUAGUCAUAUUGCGAGGUGUUUGUAGCAUGUGCCAUUCACAUCUAAUUAUCAUCUGCUUUAUGAUGCAUCAAUUUAUAAGGAAUAUUUUUUUUUAUUGGUAGUAAAUUCUAUCUUCUAUGCUUCUAUCUAUCUAUCAACUCAAAUGAUUAGUUUGUUCCAUCAUCGCUUCAUUGUGCCUUUUUAGAAAAUUAAAUGAGAAAUAUUAGCUAUAUUUUGCAUCACUGUCACUUUAGAAACAUGAUAUUUCCUUUUAUCAUUUACCUAACCACAUUUCAUGUAUUCAAUUUAAUAUAAAUCUACAUUGUUAGGUAAUUGUAAAAGGCCAGAAUAAUGUUUUUUUUACAAUCUAAUUCAAAACAAUUUUCAACAUUUCAGCAACCGAUAGUUGACUCCAAAUGAUAUAAGCAUUUUGCGCUGUAUUUUUCCAUUCUCUUCUUUUGGUUACUAAUAUCCAUAUUAUGACGCAUUUGUAUGGCGAAUCAUAAACAUCAAUGUAAAUGAGUGAUCACCAUGUUAUUUUGAAUCUCUAGGGCUGAUGUAUUUUUAUAACAUUGUAUAUUCUGAAUCUUAGUUACUUAGACAUCACCAUUGUUCUUAAGUUUCAUCCUAAAAUCAGCAUUAUAUAACAGAGCAUCUGUAAAAUGAAGUUAGUGUAGCAUGCUGACGAGUUCUAUAAUGACAGUAUUUCUUUCGAACUGAUUGUAGUUCAUAAUGUAUGUUGCCAAAUUCAACUAGGUACGAACGGAAAUAUUAAAAUAACUUUCAGAAUAGAUAUUUAUAAAAUAUGUAGGCCAAAGGAAUAGAAUGUAACUACAAAUAAUUAAAAACUU